CAGGCAGUGAAUGGAUUUUCUUCAGCCUUCAAAACGAAAUGUGACUUCUAGCAUAUGCUCCGAAAAGACACAAUGCCUACACGACAACUCCGAGGAUCUAUAGCCUUAUGGGCAUUAGUUUUGGUACAGGCAGUUGCUGGAUUUGACAGGAAUGGAAAGUCUGUGUGGGAAAAAGAUGCUGGUUUAAGUCCGGUGAAUGAAACCCAGAUGUUUGUGCAUGACACGUUCCCCCCGGCAUUCCUGUGGGGCGUGGGGACUGGUGCGUUUCAGGUGGAGGGCAGCCACAGGAAGGAUGGAAAGGGGCUUUCGAUAUGGGACCUUUUUGUCCAUUCUGCACUGCCUUCCCGGACAGAUGAGUUCAGUGACAGCUACACUUUCCUGGAAAAGGAUUUGUCCGCUCUGGAUUUUUUGGGAGUUUCUUCUUACCAUUUUUCCAUUUCAUGGCCAAGGCUCUUCCCUACUGGACUGGUCACCACUGUCAAUGAAAAAGGGCUCCACUACUACAACAAUCUCCUAGAUGCUCUGGUUUACAGACGCAUUGAGCCUAUAGUCACCCUUUUUCACUGGGAUUUGCCUUGGGCUCUGCAGGAGAAAUAUGGGGGAUGGAAAAAUGAAUCUCUGGUGGAUAUUUUCAAUGACUAUGCCACUUUUUGCUUCCAAGUAUUUGGAGAUCGUGUUAAAUACUGGAUUACGAUCCACAACCCCUACCUUGUUGCUUGGCACGGGUACGGCACAGGGAUUCAUGCACCUGGAGAGAGGCAGGAAAGAUCUGUCUACAGAGUAGGACAUAACCUGAUCAAGGCUCAUUCAAGAGUCUGGCAUACUUACGACAAAGAUUUCCGAUCACAUCAGAAAGGAUUUUUGUCAAUAACAUUGGGAUCCCACUGGAUUGAACCUAACAAAUUCAAGGACAGUUCGGAUAUUACAAAGUGCCAGCAAUCCAUGCAGAAAGUGCUUGGAUGGUUUGCAAAACCAAUACACGGGGAUGGAGAUUAUCCAGAAGAGCUGAAGAAUGAACUCCCCUCUGUCUUGCCAAAUUUCACAAACACAGAGAAAAGCCAAAUUAAAGGGACUGCUGACUUCUUUGCAUUUUCAUUUGGCCCAAAUAAUUUUACACCACCAAAUAAACUCCCCAGAAUGGGGCAAACAUUUUCACUCAACCUGAGGGGAGUACUGAAAUGGAUUAAAUUGGAAUAUAACAAUCCUAGAAUCCUAAUUGCAGAAAAUGGGUGGUUCACUAAUGGCCACGUAAAAACAGAAGAUACCACCAUCAUCUACUUAAUGAAGAAUUUUGUCAACAAGGUCUUACAAGUUAUCAAAUAUGAUCAAAUUGAUGUAUUUGGCUACACGGCUUGGUCUCUCCUUGAUGGAUAUGAGUGGCAACAAGGCACAAGCAACAGACGAGGAUUAUUUUAUGUUGAUUUCAAUAGUAAAGAAAAGGAGCGGGUGCCCAAGACAUCUGCUCUUUAUUACAAGCAAAUAAUACAGGCAAAUGGCUUUCCUUUGAAGGACUCGACCUCAGCUUUGCACAGUCAGUUUCCCUGUGACUUCUCCUGGGGCGUGACAGAAUCAGUUAUUAAGGCAGAAUCUGUUGCUUCCUCUCCCCAGUUCUGCGAUCCCAACCUGUAUCUCUGGAAUGUUACUGGGGAUGGACUUUUCUACCAGGUGAAAGGAGUGAAACUGAAAACCCGUCCAGCCCAGUGUACUGAUUUCAUCAGUAUUAAAACACAGCUAGAGCUCUUGUCUAAAAUGAAAAUCACUCACUACAGAUUUGCACUUGACUGGUCGCUGCUUCUGCCCAGUGGCAAUUUGUCAUCCAUAAACCAUCAAGUCCUUCGCUACUAUCGCUGUGUAAUUAGUGAGAUGCUCAAACUCAACGUGAAACCUGUGGUUACUCUACAUUAUCCAACUUACCGCUCUUUGGGCUUGCCUACUCCUUUAAUUCAAAAUGGCGGAUGGUUGAAUCGGUCCACUGUCCACGCUUUCAGAGACUAUGCAGGGAUGUGUUUCCAGGAGCUUGGUGACUUGGUUGAACUCUGGAUCACAAUAAACGAACCAAACCGUUUCAACGAUGUUUACAACGGCAGCAGUAAUGAUACGUACAAGGCAGUGCACCAUGCACUGAUAGCACACGCUUUGGCAUGGCGCCUGUAUGAUGAACAAUAUCGGUCAUUUCAGCAUGGUCGAGUAUCUUUGUCUCUGCAUUCAGACUGGGCCGAACCAGCCAAUCCUUUUCUUGACACUCACCGAAAAGCUGCUGAAAGGUUCCUUCAGUUCGAAAUAGCAUGGCUUUCGGACCCAAUCUUUAAAACAGGGGACUAUCCAGAAGCUAUGAGAGGAUAUCUGGACUAUAAGAAAAAUGAAGGUCUCUCCCGUUCCUCUCUGCCAUAUUUUACUGACGAAGAAAAGGAACUCGUAAAAGGGGCUGCUGAUUUUUUUGCCCUGAAUCACUUCACCACAAGAUUUGUGAUUCAUGAGUCCAAAAAUGGAAGUCGGUAUGAAUUUGAUCAAGACAUUCAAUUUCUGCAAGAUUUCACUUACCUGCUUUCUCCGUUUCGCUCAGCGGUCGUCCCAUCAGGGUUACGGAAAGUCCUGAAUUGGGUUAAAAAGUAUUACGGUGACGUUGAUAUCUAUAUCACGGCAAGUGGAAUAGAUGAUCAGCCUCUAAAUGACAACCUUCGUAAAUUCUACAUUGAGAAGUAUGUACAGGAAGCCUUAAAAGCUCACCAUAUUGACAAAGUCAACAUCAGAGGCUAUUUCGCAUUUAAACUGACUGAUGAAAUAGCCAGACCCAAACUUGGAUUCUUCACCUCUGAACGGAAAGCGAAGGCUUCACUUCAGUUCUACAACCAACUCAUUAGCAACAAGGGCUUCCCCUUGGACCCUACAAGCAACAUGUGUGGCCAACCGAAUGAAACCACACCCUGUACUCUCUGCCUGUUUCUAAUGCAGAAAAAGCCACUGAUAUUUUUUGGAUGCUGCCUUUUCUGUAAUCUCAUCUUGCUUUUAAGUAUUGUUGUGUUUCACAAAAGGAAAAGAAGGAAAUGGCGUUGGUCAAAAAACUUCCGGCCCCUUUAUAUUCCUGUUAAAAAUAGGCAGAAGAAGGGGCUCAAUCAAAUCUAG